AAAGCAUAUAUAAAACUGAUGAAAUGUAACUUCCAUAUUUAUUAAACCAUGUUGCGUUGGUAUUAUGUGUUUAUAUUUUUCGCGUCUGUGCAUUCGCAGACUACGAACGUACAACAAUGUAGGAGAAACUCGGGCGAACUGCCGAUCAAUGCUUACAUCGAAGGAUGUAUCGAUCCGCCAUGCGCGCUGACGCAACUUGAAGACUGCGUCAUUCACAUUGUCUUCAGAGCUCCUCGCCAGAUCCGGUCUAUGCGGACAUUAGCUACCGCUGAGGUGAUCCCUUUGCCUGUCCCGAUUGACUAUCCCCUUGAAGAACGCGCAGUGACCUGCAACUUCCUCACCAACACCUUCUGCCCCCUACAAGAAACUGAAGUUGUCCAGUACACACUUAAAAUGUUCAUAGAAUCCAUCUUCUACGCGGGCAUUAGAGCGAACAUAGAGUUCAGAAUUGUGGAUCAAGAUAAUCAGCCAGUGAUGUGCUUGCGUGCCGGCAUCGUCAUUGUGCGAGGAAAUAACGCCCGUGCAGCGAACACUACUGUUUUAGAUCUUACGGACAUGUGAUCUAUGUUUAUACAGUUAUCUCAAUUAUAUAAGUUAAGAGACAAUUUAUUUUUAA